AUGUCCGGGGUGGUGCGGACGCUGAGCCGCUGCCUCCUGCCCGCCGACGCGCCCAGCCGAGGCGGGCGGGAGCGGGCGGCCGGCGGCGAGGGCAAGGAGGGCGGCCGCGACGGCGAGCGCGAGGCGCGGCGGCGGAGCCGGGAGAUCGACGCCAUGCUGGCCCGCGAGCGGCGCUCGGUGCGGCGCCUGGUGAAGAUCCUGCUGCUGGGCGCCGGCGAGAGCGGCAAGUCCACCUUCCUCAAGCAGAUGCGCAUCAUCCACGGGCGCGAGUUCGACCAGAAGGCCCUGCUCGACUUCCGCGCCACCAUCUACGAGAACGUCCUCAAGGGCUGCAGAGUUCUGGUUGAUGCACGGGACAAACUAGGGAUCCCUUGGGAGUACUCGGAGAAUGAGAAGCACGGGAUGUUUCUAAUGGCCUUUGAAAGUAAAGCUGGGAUGCCCAUCGAACCUUGCACCUUCCAGUUGUACGUACCUGCUCUGAGCGGCCUGUGGAAGGAUUCUGGGAUUAAGGAGGCGUUCAGCCGUCGCAGUGAAUAUCAGCUGGGUGAAUCGAUAAAAUAUUUCCUGGAUAAUCUGGACCGGAUUGGUCAACUGAACUAUUUUCCCAGUAAGCAAGACAUUUUGCUGGCUAGAAAAGCUACUAAGGGUAUUGUGGAGCAUGACUUCAUCAUCAAGAAGAUUCCUUUCAAAAUGGUUGAUGUGGGCGGACAACGAUCCCAGCGCCAGAAAUGGUUUCAGUGCUUUGACGGGAUAACGUCUAUAUUAUUCAUGGUCUCCUCCAGUGAAUACGACCAGGUCCUCAUGGAAGACAGGCGCACAAACAGACUGGUGGAAUCCAUGAACAUCUUCGAGACCAUUGUCAACAACAAGCUCUUUUUUAACGUGUCCAUCAUUCUGUUCCUGAAUAAAAUGGACCUCCUUGUGGAGAAAGUAAGGAGCGUCAGUAUUAAGAAGUACUUCUCAGACUUCAGAGGUGACCCUCACAGGCUGGAGGAUGUUCAGCGUUACCUGGUGCAGUGCUUUGACCGGAAGAGGCGGAAUCGCAGUAAGCCCCUCUUCCACCAUUUCACUACCGCCAUAGACACUGAAAACAUCCGCUUUGUGUUCCACGCAGUGAAGGAUACAAUCCUUCAGGAGAACCUUAAGGAUAUCAUGUUGCAGUGAAGAAAAACUGCCCUCCUUCUGUUCAGAUCUACUGUAGUUGUAGGCCAAAA